UAAAUUUCCAAACGUUUAUACAUACGUACGCGCAAACAAACAAAAAACUUUUUUAAAGAAAAACGAAAAAAAUUUUUAAAAAAUGAUUAACAUUGUUGUUCCAAACUCACCGGUAUUCUCACCAUCAUCUUCUUUUCGUUAUAAAUCAUCAUCGCCGGAAUGUUUACCUUCUCCGGUAACGGUCAAGCUCCGGCAUGCAUCAGCAAGUAGCGCGCUUGUUAAAGAUUGUAACGAAAUAAGACGACCCAAUACUACUAGCAAUUCUAGUAGUACUACGACGGAUCCAAAAAGAAAAAGACAAUUGAAGCUGGACAUCCCGGUUGUGUCUUCCGGUUGGCUAACGUCUUCGUUGCGGGCGGUGGAGGACCCGUGGAAGGAAGUGGAGGUUGACGGAGAUGGGUUUUCGGUUUAUUGUAAGAAAGGAGCUAGAGAUGUUAUGGAAGAUCGGUUUAAAUCUUUUGUUGAAUGUAAUGGACAAGAUAAUAAAAAGGCAUUCUUUGGUGUUUUUGAUGGUCAUGGAGGAUCAAAAGCAGCUGAAUUUGCAGCAGAAAAUCUUUAUAAAAAUAUUCUAGCUGAAGUUGAAAUAAUGGGCGAAGUUAAUAUAAUUGAAGCAAUCAAACAAGGUUACAUCAACACAGAUUCACAAUUUCUGGAUCUAAAUACCGUUGGCGGAUCAUGUUGUUUAACCGCCAUUGUUAGAGACCGCAAUCUUGUUGUAUCAAACGCAGGUGAUUGUCGCGCUGUGGUAAGCAAUGGAGGCACCGCCAUGCCUCUCACCUCUGACCACCGCCCUUCAAGACAAGACGAGAAGCAAAGAAUCGAAUCACUAGGUGGGUAUGUUGAUUAUAUUCGUGGUGUUCCAAGAGUUCUUGGGUCACUAGCGGUUUCAAGAGGGAUUGGAGAUCAAAGCCUUAAGCAAUGGAUAACGGCUGAACCUGAAUCAAAUAUUUUUAAUAUUGUGCCUGAAUUUGAGUUCUUGAUUAUGGCUUCGGAUGGGUUGUGGGAAAAAGUGAGCAAUCAAGAAGCAAUCGAUUUAGCCCGCCCCUUUUGUGUGGGCAAUGAUAAGUUACAACCCGCUUUGGCUUGCAAGAAACUGGUUGAACUUUCGCUAUCUAGAGGAUCCAUUGAUGAUGCUAGUGUGAUGAUAGUUCAAUUGGGCCAGUUUUGUUGAUGCUAGUAUAUAUAGUUUUUAAAUCCUAUUAAUUUGACUAGAUUUAUUUGAUUCAUUAACACAAUUAUAUUCAUUCAA